AUGCUGGAACCGAGUGCAAUCCACAGCUAUGAGCCGCCUGCUUAUCGGAACAACCCGCCCUCACCGUCGGAGGGGUUGCCACCCAGUUUGCCCUUCCACUGUGCAGUGCUGGAGUCGGCGGAUUCCUCGGGUGGCCCUUCGCCCGCCUUGUUGCACAGCUUGCGAGAAAAGGGCUGCAAGCUCAUCCUGGCGCAGGUGGAAGAUUUGGAGGACUUAGAGGAGGGUGGCACCGCGCGGGAGACGGAGGAACAUACCGAUUCCAGUCCCUUGAGACGACACUCCCUUGCGCCGCGAGCCUAUCGGCCAACCUCUCUAAAUCGAGAGUGGUAUGAUGCGGUUUUUGACAAAGUGUUGUCGAUCACGGGAGAGGAGGGCAGGGGCAAUAGCCCCCUGGAACGCUUUUUUGCUGAUGAGGGCCUCCCUGCAUCGCAAGCCGUUUGCUUUGCCUGUACGGAUGCGGGAUCGAAGGCCUUCGGUGCUGUGGACGCUGGCCUGGUGCUGGCACCAUCCCACAACAAAGUCUGGCGCCGGGAGGAGGAGGCGGUGCACUUGCCGGGCGCGGACUGCGCCUUGUCACAGAGCCCGACGGCCCGUCACCUUGCGUGGCUGCACGAAGUCUUCACGCAGAAGCUUUGGUGUUGUUGCAUGUGGCUAGCGCCCGCUCCAGAGGAGCUGCGCCACCAUGCUGGCUUGCCCAGUGAUGGUCCAUCUGCCUAUGAACGUGCGACCAUCACGAGUGUGGCCAGUGGCACCCUGCAGGCUUUGGGCCACCCACCAUGGGCAUCGGCAUCUCGCUGGGAGCCUUGGAAGGAGAACGAGGAGAUCUACCCCUGCAUGGCGCAGUUGGGAGACGAGCUUUGCGCUUGCCCUGACUGGACGCCACUGGAGCCAAGAUUUCGGUCUAGAGGCUCCUUGCGUGAGCUGGUGGCGCUGCCCAAGGUGGUGCUCUAUUGCCACUCCUUGGAUGUGGGCCUUGCAAAGGUGCACCACCUGAUGGAAGCUCAGGAUAUGAAUAACUUGUCCGUGAGAGUGAGCAGCAACCGCCUUUGCAGCCUUUGCCGCGAGGGUAUUGCCGCAACUGAAAUGAGCGUGACUCUCGUUUCUUGCAGCCACCAGAAUUGGCCGGACAUUUGCAUCCGCUCAAGCCUUCUGUGUGAGCACCUUCCAAAGAACUUCAAGUUCUAUGGCAAGCCCAUGGUGGACAUCUCCAAGGGAAAAGCCAUGCUUCAAGCCGCAUAUCAAGAUGAAAACGGCCAGAUCCUUCUGGUUCGCGCUUGGCAUCGCCUCUGCAAAGAUGAUGGCAGAGGCGAUGUUGAGCUCAAUGUGAACGUCGGAAAUGACUCGAGUACUUCAUCAGUGCAUGUGCAAAAGGCCAGUGCUUAUUGGGGCAUGCCCCGCAAAGAUGCGGCCGAGGUUGAUAUCAUUUUCUCCAAUCCUCGCAGGGGAACGCGCUACACUGUGGAGAAGGUGGUGUCUGUGAUUGCCAACAGUGGUCGGUUAAAGAUGCCUCUGGGCGUGUCGGUUCCAACGAACCGUUUCCAGAAGUUUCUUUCCAGAAGCGACUCUUCCAACGAACCAGAAGACGAAGAUGAGCCAUUGACUCUUCCAGAGAUAGAAGAGGAACACUGCUCGGCUUGGCGGGCAGAGUGGGACAAAGCGGAUAUCGAGCUAGCUGGCACGCGCAAAGCGUCUCGAUUUCAGCGGGCUGUGAGGUUGUUUCGCUUUCAUCAAGUGUCUAGGGAUGAUGCGGUGGGUAUUGGAGGCCGGAAAAAGCCAAAGGUGCAUCCAUUGGUGCGUGCUUUAUUUAAGAAUCUCCUGAAGGAACUGUGCUGGGACAGUGCUGGAGACAGACCCUCCUCAAUCAUCACUUCUCGUGUGCUGGUUCAUGAUCCCAGAACACCUCCAGUGGUGAGAAUAGAGCCGAAGGUUCCUCCAGACUGCCAUCGCAUGCGCUUCAACGCAGCCUUAGGAUGGAGAUGGCACCGCUUCACACUUUCUCCCGGGAAAGUUCAGAUCUUGGUGCAGGGUCCGAUCUUAGUGUCGCAGGUGACCAACGACAGUGCCCGGAGCAUACGCACCAGUGCAGCGCAGCACGUGAGGAGCUUGCUUGAGGCCCAGCUGCAUGGGGACACGGUGAAUCAGCCGCCAAAAUUCAUCAUUCCCACCAAUGAUGGAGAAGAAGGUGUCGAAGUGAAAGCCAAGCCUUGGCAUGAAGUUCAGGUGCAGUAUGCACUGACCGACCUUGGCCGGCCUGAUGGCAGCACCGGUGGAUUCUAUGGGCUCAUGCGACGGACGCGGUUCAUCAAACUGGAGGUCCUAAGACGGCUUUUCGCAGAGGAUGGUGAUGGUGCAUUUCGACCUGGAGCUUUCGAAGACUUCCGGGAUGAAACUCUAUCUCAGCCUUUGACGAACGCUCUGGCGUCCCUGGAAUCCGCUCCGCGACCGCCUGGAUGGAACCUAGGUGAUGAUGCUGAUUUGCACGUACUGGAGGCAGACUCCACGAUGCGAACGCGCAUGCUGCUGCAGUAUGAAAAAAAUGAGCUGAAGCGAGCUCGAAACUAA